UUUAACGAGGCACUUGACCUCCCUCGGCGCUCUCCUACUUCGCGAGUGACGCAAAAAAAGUGGGCUGGCGAAGCGCUAAGUGCAGUAGUUUAGAGGAGUAUCGGUGCGCACCGAAAAAUCACUAGUCAAGCAGACUUCAUUUAGAGCGCCUACCUUGGAUCAGCCGUCUCUCUCUCGGAUGUUACACCAGUGCAAAGACCUCGUUGGCGGAGAUACCGGGAUGUGUACGGAUGUGCGUGAGAGAGACUGACUUUUCCUCAAACUCGUAGCAGCCUCCUCCAUUCAGUGAGUUGAGAGGUUGAUGAAACUUUUCUUGAAUGAGUAUCCCGCCGCUGGCUGGCACAUCUGGACUGAGGGUAGUCGGAGCUGUCAAGUCCAGCGCCAACUUUUAGCCGGACCUGACCUGACCUCCCUCUGCUGCUUCGUCCUCCCUAAACUUUGAGGCGGAAUAUUGGACUUUGAACUCUUUUUUUUUUUUUUUUUUUUUUACUUCUUCUCUUCUUUUUUCUUUUAACUUUUAUUUCUUUUUUUUGUAAUUACAAGGCACAAAAUGGAACACUCGGUACUCAGAAUAACAUGCGUCUUGGUGGUUAUCUGUCUCUUGGAUAAAAGGGUAGACUCCAAUGAAAUCUUGGGACUGAAGCUCCCCAACAUUGACCCAAUCCUGAAUGCCAACACGGUGUGUCUGACACUGCCGGGGCUGACGCGGCGCCAGCUGGAGGUGUGCAUGCGGAACCCAGACGUAACGGCUUCAGCAAUCCAGGGAAUCCAGAUUGCCAUCCACGAGUGCCAGCACCAGUUCAGAGGGCACCGCUGGAACUGCUCCAGCCUGGAGACUAGGAACAAAAUACCCUAUGACAGCAUAGUCUUUAAAAGAGGUUUUAGAGAGAGUGCCUUUGCGUACGCCAUCGCAGCAGCAGGCGUGGUGCAUGCAGUGGCCAACGCCUGCUCCAUGGGCAAACUGAAGGCAUGCGGCUGCGAUGAGAAGCGACGUGGGGACGAGGAGGCCUUUCGCAUCAAACUACACCGCUUGCAGCUAGAGGCCAUCCACCGGGGGAAGGGUAUGGUACACGGCGUCAUGGAGCACUUUCCCGCCGACCUGCCAGGACCCCAGGACUCCUGGGAGUGGGGCGGCUGCAGCCCUGAUGUGGAAUUCGGAGAGAAGUUCUCGCGGGACUUCCUGGAUGCCCGUGAGACGUACAAAGACAUCCAUGCCCGUAUGAGGCUGCACAACAAUAGAGUUGGGAGACAGGUGGUGCUUGACCACAUGAGAAGGAAAUGCAAGUGCCACGGGACGUCGGGUAGCUGCCAGCUAAAGACCUGCUGGCAAGUCACCCCAGAGUUCCGGGUGGUGGGCUCAAUCCUCAAAGAGCGCUUCCACAUCGCCACGCUUAUCAAGGCUCACAACCGGAACACUGGACAGCUCGACCACUCCCACAACAACAACAACCACCACAACCACCAUAACCAUCACAACCACCACAACCACCACCACCAUCACCACCAUCACCACCACCACACGCAUCGGCGGCGGCCAAGCAUCAACGAGCUGGUCUACUUUGAAAAGUCACCAGAUUUCUGCGAGCGGGACCUGGGGUCGGACUCGGCCGGGACGCAGGGCCGGAUCUGCAACAAGACCAGCCCCGGCAUGGACAACUGUGAGAGUCUGUGCUGCGGGAGAGGCCACAACAUCCUGCAGCAGACGCGGAGCGAACGCUGCAACUGCAAGUUUCACUGGUGCUGCUAUGUGGUCUGCGAAGAGUGCAGGAUAACAGAGUGGGUCAGCGUCUGUAAAUGAAGAAACACACAUCAAAAGACUCAAUAAAGAAAACAAAGAAAAAGACUUUUUUUAAAUCAAGACUAUUAUUUUGAAAGGGGAAUAUGACUGUAAUAUAUAUGCCCUGUACCUUUUUGCGGUGGACUGCUGUUUUCCAGAAGAGCGAGGACAGGGUGUGAAGCAGUUGAGCCAGCAAAGAAAGGUAGAUGUGCUUGUCGGUAAAGAGUGUGCACAUGCAGCAUAUGUCUAAAAGCUGCCAUAACUCAGAGAGCUUGGAUGUUUACUGCCUUCCUCUUGAGACAAAGGAUAACAUAGUUUUAUCAGGUAAAAUAUAUGAAAACUCCAAAUAUGAAAUCUGAGCUCUGAGAACAACAAAUUAUUGUUGUUUCAUCAGCGUAUGUUGACUGACACACAGCUGCAUGAGAUUCAGGUAAGCAAAGAGGAAGGUGAGGGUAAGCAGCAGAUUGCAUGCAGAAAGAAAAUAAUAUUGCUUCAUAGCACCGGUGAUAUAUAAGGUGGAAUGGCCAAUGUCUGCAUCCCAUGAAACCUAAAAAUGGGGGAAGACAUCCAAAAAUCCAGAUGAUACUCUAUACAGUAGUCCCUCCAUAAUCUGUAUGAUAAAUUACAGCAUAAACACAGUUACACAGUACUUGCUAUGCCUCCAUCUUCUACAUACAAAGAGACAAAUAUAGACCUUUUCAUACAUCAGGAUUCACAAUGCACAGGAUUUGACCUAGCACUUGAGGAUUUUGUGCCUUGCUCAAGGGCAGUUUCAGUUUUAGUGAUUUUUAUAGCAGAUAUCAGGUUAUACCGAGAAUACAUCAGGGGUUUGUCUGGCUCAACUGACACUAGAUGUAUCAAUAUCACUAUUUUGUCUGCAUAAGUCAAACCCCGCUACAUCCAUGACAUUGCUCAAUAAAUGCAUUCACAUAUUUUGGUUGGAAAGGCCUGUGGCAAUUAGAAGUUUGCACGAAAGGGGCAAACUUUUAUAAUAAAUGAUGGCCACUGUGGAAAGGAGGCCGUUACAGCCGUGAUGAAUGAGUGGCCGAAGCUAAAGCCAAUCAAAGAACUGAUCUGAAACUGAUCUGAUUACUGGUGCUGCUUCCUGGAAUUCUUCAUAUCACACCCUGACAAAUGAAAUGAAAACAUUUCCUUUCCUCUAAUGGAGGAUGUUGAAGUAAAAUUCACACAAAUCAGCUUUCAACAGAGUAAGAACAAGCACUACUCCCGUAUAAUAUAAGAUUGAUUUUAUGAUACCAUUUGAAAAUCACAAGCCACCCUGACACGAGCUUGUGCAUUUAUUUUCCAACCUCCCUCAAACACAGCACAGAUCCGUUGUCCUGCAUUAAUAUGAUCCAGAAUGCACCAUGUGUGGUCUGUGUCUGUGUGUAGUAUGUAACGUAAGAGGACUGUCAGAGUGCACAGUAUUCCUUAAUUUAACAAAUACAGUUUUCAUCUUCACUAUGAUCUGACCUGCAUUGUAAAUAAAACAUAAUAAUGCUGCACAAACAUCAUCAAUAAAAUGAAAGUGCCUCAGGAAACUGAGUGCACGGGAACAGGCUUCAGUUUCUCACACUAUAAACAUCCUAAAUUGUCAUCAAUCACAGUGUCUCCUGUUUUGUGAUGCAAUGUACUGUGUGUGACACUGUAAGCUUCUUGUAAUAUAACUACACUCACCUUCUUCACAAUUCUUCAAUGUGUACAACAGACAUAUUUUGAUGUCAACUUCAAAGUAUAUAAAUAACUAAGUUGAUAUGAAUUUCUGCCUAUGCACAUUUUAAAGAUCGUAUUUGGUCUCAAGUAACUUGUAUGAGUGAGGCUCCUUAUCAGACAGUGUAAUUUAUUUCAAGCAACUAUGUUUGUGUGUUAAAAGCAGAGGAAAAAAAAUAUCUGGGAUUAUGUUUCCAGUGUAACAGAUUAUUUUGAUUCUGAUAAGUAGUUUGCACAUGCAGAACUGUGUCCAGGAAAACUCUGGGAAAAUAUCAGCAAUAUGCAUUUUUUUCAUGUCAUAAAUGUAAUGUAUGUAUGUAUUUUUAUGUUUUAAUAUGGUUAUUAUCUAAGUUAUUUUAUUUUUGUGGAUAACUUAAUAUUUGUAAGACAACAAAGAAAGACCAUAAUAUUGAAAUGGGGCUUUAAUGUGAUGAAUAAUAAAAUACAUGAAAACAGUGGAUUUGGUAAGAGAAUCGUUUUAUGUAUAUUUUUUCAUAAAUCAGCUGACAUCAGCAGAGUAAUGAUGAUGAAUUCCUGUAUAUGCUACAGUAUAUUUAUGAUACUUGAGAGGUCAUUAGUUUUACAUCCCAUGGGGAAACACUUAUAUUUUAUUUUGUACGAAGGUUGUUUUAUGGAGGUAGAAGAGUAACAGUUUCCUCAGUUUCACCAUAACAGAUUAAAAUCCAGUCCACAAACAUCACAUGCUCUAACAUGCUGCAUUACAGUAGGUACAGAUACAGUAUGCAGUGUUAUAGACAGAGUUAUUCAUGCCCGCCUUGUCAUGUGUGUGUUAAUUGAAUGAAAUACCUCAACACAGAAAAUUACUUUCAAGACUCAUCGGAAAAUUCAA